UUAUCGAUCCGCAACCCAGUUUUCUCAUCCGUCUUUCCAACCCGUGUUCUCACGAGUAGCCGUCAGUCGUCUGACUCCUUCGCAGAUUUGCGUCUACCUGUAACAUAACAAUGGGUGUUCCCGCUGGCAACGCUGAGGUUGGCAAGAAGCUGUUUGUGCAGAGAUGCGCACAGUGCCACACAGUUGAGAAGGGAGGCAAGCACAAGGUUGGACCCAACCUGAAUGGUCUCAUUGGCCGCAAGACUGGCCAAGCUGCUGGCUUCCCCUACACAGAUGCCAACAAGGAGAAGGGUAUUACCUGGAACGCUGACACACUGUUCGAGUACCUGGAGAACCCCAAAAAGUACAUUCCUGGCACCAAGAUGGUGUUUGCUGGUCUUAAGAAGCCCCAGGAGCGUGCUGACAUCAUUGCUUAUUUACAAGAGGCAACCAAGUAGAUUUUUAAUUACUUUAAACUCAUUGUUAUUUAUUUCUUAGUAAUUGAAUUCAUCCUGGUCAUUUGGCUCAUUGACGAUUCUGAGACCAUGGACAUUGUUAAUUGUGGUCUGCCAGUUGAUAUUGUGAAUGAAUGGCCGUGGAAGUAUUUGCACAUUGUGUGUCUUGAAAUUAAUCUUAGUUGUACAAAUGAUCUUGGCUGAGCCAAUUCAUGUACAGGCCCUGGUGUACAGGCAGUCUUACCAAAUAUGUGUAAUCUCUUCAAAGAAAUGUACAUGAGCAGUUGUAAUUCUGCAGGCAGAUAGCUACUGUAUGAUUGAUGGAUGUUUCUUUCUGAGAAAUACAAUAAAAUCAUCAAUGAAUA